AUGAAACUGCUUCUUCUCAUUACCCUGCUGUUAGCGGCUCUUGUCUCAGCAGCAAAAUACAUCCCCAACAAGUACAUUCUGACCUUCAAGGACGACUCCACCCCCGAAGCCACCGUUGACCAGGUCAAGAAGGCCAUCGUGUCAAAGGGAGGCAAGAUUGGCUACGAAUACUCGUUCAUCAAGGGCUUCGCCUUCUCUGCCCCCGAUAAGGCCAUCCAGUACCUCAAGACCACCAAGGAAUAUGCAAACUUCCCGUUUAUUCUGGAGCAGGACCAGGUAGUUUCUCUCAACGACGGAGAGAGUGCCUAG